AUGCCUUGCCCCCAGAUCACGUUGAGCUUCCCGCCUCAUCUCAAGCUUGAGUCAAUUACCUUAGAGACUGGUUUGUUUAUCAACAACCAGUUCGUCGAGUCAGCCGGUAAGGGGACCUUCGAGACAAUCAACCCAACCAACGGGAAAGUGAUUGGCUCAGUUUCAGAAGCAAAAGCCGAAGAUGUCGAUAUCGCGGUCAAAGCAGCUUCAGAAGCUUUCGAUAAAGUCUGGGGUCUCAAAACCCCAGGCGCGUUGAGAGGAAAGAUGUUGAUGCAUUUGGCCGAUAAGAUCGAAGCUAAUUUAAGCACCUUCGCGGUAUACAUUGGAGGACUUCCCGCAAUUGAAGCUAUGGAUAACGGCAAGGCUUACACGAUCGCCAAAGGGUUUGACAUUCCCGCGGCGGCGGCUUGUAUUAGAUACUAUGGCGGCUGGGCAGACAAGAACACCGGCCAGACAAUCGAAGUCAACGAGUCCAAGAUGGCCUUCACUAUUCAUGAGCCAAUCGGUGUGGUCGGCCAAAUCAUUCCAUGGAAUUUCCCUUUGUUCAUGUUGUCGUGGAAGGUGGCACCAGCACUAGCGACCGGAAAUACGGUGAUUUUGAAACCGGCUGAACAAACCCCAUUGACGGCUCUAUAUUUGUGUCAAUUUAUCAAAGAGAUCUUCCCGCCUGGGGUGGUUAACAUUCUUCUCGGUUAUGGGCCUGGAGUAGGACAGCCUAUAGUCGAACAUCCCUUGAUCGAGAAAAUCGCGUUUACCGGGUCUACCGCCGUCGGUAAACAAAUCCUCGCACAAUCUGGCCAGAAUAACCUCAAGAAAGUCACCCUCGAACUCGGCGGCAAGUCACCUAACAUUGUAUUUGAUGAUGCAGAUUUUGACCAAGCCGUUAAAUGGGCUCAAUUUGGACUAUUCUUUAACCAUGGACAAUGUUGUUGUGCUGGGUCAAGAGUGUUUGUCCAAGAGGGAAUCUAUGAUAAAUUUGUUUCUGCUUUGAAAGAGAACCUUCAGAACCUUAAAGUUGGCGAUCCUUUUGAUUUUAGCACCUUCCAAGGUCCACAAAUAUCUCAAAUUCAAUAUGAUCGAAUCAUGGGUUACAUUAAAUCAGGUAAAAACGAAGGUGCGACUUGCUUGCUGGGUGGUGAUCGACAUGGUCAAGAAGGCUAUUUCAUCCAACCCACAAUUUUUACUGAUGUGAAGGCAGGGAUGAAGAUUCAUAAGGACGAGAUAUUCGGGCCGGUGGUAGUGGUGAUGAAGUUUAAGGACGAGGAAGAUGCGAUAAGACAGGCCAACGACACCGUUUAUGGACUUGCCUCAGCCAUCCAUUCCACUGAUAUCACUAAAGCUCUCCGAGUCUCCAAGCGUAUCAAAGCCGGCACGGUCUGGAUCAACUGCUAUAAUCGGAUGACUAGCCAGGUCCCCUUCGGCGGCUACAAGGGAAGUGGUCUCGGACGUGAGUGUGGUAGCUAUGCAUUAUCCAACUAUACAGCAGUCAAAUCUGUUAUCGUCAAUAUGAGUGAAAAGAUAUGAUUGCAAUUACAAAGACCUUGUGGGAAAUGGGUAUUUCAUGGUAUUGGGAGCUCAUGAAUUGAAGAGAUUCACAGAUUUCUUGCUUCAUUUCUUGUUGCUCCCUUUCUAGUGCUUUCUCAAUGAGUGC